ACAAUUUAAAUCAGAAACUAGCCAGAAGAGAGAUCUAACGAAUGGACAGUGCUUGUACACACGGACUAUUUUCUUCCGCGGAAAUCAUGUAAUUAACAAGUGCCCGUCGUCCAUGUUGUUCUUCGACACCAAUCGGAUUCGUGAGUGGAUUCUGAAAACGAACGGAUUUGUGUAUUCCCUCCGCGUUCACAACCACGACCCCCUUCCAAACACCUGAGGGGAUGACACCAUGUAGAAGGAAGUGUUUUUCGUUUUAUUUCAAAUGGGCUGUAAUGUGAGUAAGACGGUGCCUGAUGACCCGACGGCAACUCGGGUCGUUGUCCAGGUUUUUGAGCAAAAUGAGCGAAAUAAGGAAAACAGUCGUCAGAAUCCACAUCAAAAACACUCUCAUGCCCGUAACAACAGGGACCAACCGAAGGACCCCCGGGCCACGGGGCCUCCGGCAGACGGGCAGAGGUCGAACCGAAAGGUGAAAAAAUACAGAGAUAAAUUUGAUGCUAGAGUGACAGCUAAAUAUGACAUAAAAGCAUUGAUAGGAAGGGGGAAUUUCUCUAAAGUGGUCAGGGUGGAACAUAGGGUUACGAGACAACCCUAUGCCAUCAAAAUGAUUGACCGGGUACAGGGAAAGGAAGUUUUCGAAGCAGAGGUCGCGGUCUUGCGCAGGGUUAAACAUUCACAUAUAAUUCAACUUAUAGAAGUCUUCGAGACGAAGGACAAGGUGUACAUGGUUAUGGAACUUGCGACAGGUGGUGAACUUUUUGACAGAAUCAUUGCGAAAGGGUCAUUUACAGAAAGGGAUGCUACUCAUGUGUUGAACAUGGUUUUGGAUGGUGUGAAAUACCUGCAUGGCUUAGGUAUAACGCAUCGAGAUCUCAAACCAGAAAACUUGUUGUACUAUCAUCCAGGUCAUGAUUCUAAAAUUAUGAUAACAGACUUUGGAUUAAGUGCUACGAAAAAAGGUCCAGAUAAUUUUAUGAGAACUACAUGUGGUACCCCUGAAUAUAUAGCACCAGAAAUCAUAGCACGAAAACCCUAUACAUGCCAGGUUGACAUGUGGGCAGUAGGGGUGAUUACCUAUAUCCUGCUCAGUGGAACUAUGCCUUUCGAUGAUGAGAACAAAACACGACUUUAUCGACUUAUCCUGAAGGCAAAAUACAGUUAUGCUGGAGAGCACUGGAAGGAUGUGUCAACUUCUGCGAAGGAUUUCAUUGACAAAUUACUGAUAGUGGACCCGAAUGUGCGGAUCGGGGCCAACCAGUCUAUAAAUCACACGUGGCUGGUGACCAAUGCUGCCAGCUCCAGCAACAAGAACCUUCAUCGUACAAUAAGUCAGAACCUCAUACACAGACAAUCCAUCCGUGCCAACAGUACGAAAAGUGCCAAAUCAACGCGAUCAACUAAAAGCAAUAAGUCCAAUCGAUCUGGCCGCUCGUUACGGUCGGAGCACAGGCGUGUUCAGCCGGAGGAAAUUGAUGAGCUUCAUCGUGACCCAGAUGUACAGGCAGACCUGGCGUCCCUGGGUUGAGGUGCCCUUCUGGUCUAUAUACUGGUUUCUACAUUUGUUUGUUCCAUAACAUCGAACCUACUGCCAUGUCACAACGAUAACCUCCACCAAGGAGAGUUCUCGCUCAAUCUUUUACUUUUCGUCCCGUCCUCAUCCAUAGGAUGGAAAGGAUUUGCGAGCCAAUGCAAGUAAAAGAGAAUUGACCUUUUCAGGAACCACAGUUUGUUCAGAGUGUUUCACGCCUGAUGGACUUAAUCUCGGGGAACUGUACACAUUUGUUAUGUUGCUGGAGUCACACAAACUAUAUGGCUGUGUCUUCUCUCAUAGAAGGAUAUAUAGACCACCAUCCAUCCCACCACACAUAUUUCCCUCCCGUCCAGAUCGAUACACCUAAUCCUUUAUGGGGAUAUCUCCAAAACACAGACUUCAUCUAUCAAUUACUAUUAUCAGUGAUAUAUUUGUUGUCAUUCAUGUCAACACUUCUCCAUCAUGCCUGUUAUACCCCCUUCCAAGUAAAAGAGCUGUUCCAUCAAAUGUGUAAACAACCUUUCCUUACACUAGCUGAUUGUUUCCUUACAUGUAUAUAACCUCCCUUUCCCUAAAUAGCUGUAGCUGUUCCAUUACACCGGCAGCCUCCCCUAACAUUGUUGUAGAGAUUGGACACCCUGUGGAGUAGCAAUAACAUGCUGGGGAAAUACAGCAACUUGUGUGUGGACAGAUCAAAACAAUGUAGAAAAACUCUCUAAUUUUAUUUUGACUUUUAUGCUACAGAAUGUUGUAGUGUCUUUUUACAAAUGAUGUUAUUAUUUGUAGCUGUGAUACAAAUUGUUCUCCCUCCUGUAACUUUAUCAAAAGUGCUUUAAUUGUAUGGCCAUGGCCAUUUUGUUCAGGUAUAUGUUUAUCUGUCAGGUAUUUUUUGUAAUUUUUAUGGCAAUUAUUUCUUUUUUUUUAUGUUAACUGCUCUUUUGAUCACAAAGUUAGAUGAUCACUUGCUUAAAUGUUAUAGGCAUAUCGUAUGUAUGAUCAAUGACAACAGAUCUUGUGAUUUGAUGUCAUAUUCUGAAGGUCAUAGGGAAAAACUUGUGAUGUGCUAAAGUCCUGGUGUAGCUUUAACAUCCAAAGGUUAAAGGUGCCACCAUGUUAAAGGGUUGCCUUGGCGAUGUUUGUGCCAAAUGUUUGUUGGUUACUGAGUGUUAUAGCUUUGUUAAUCUAGUCAGUGUUGCUAUGGUGUCAUCACUUCGGUGCACUCCCUACAUUUCGAGUUGGAGAGUUUGACUAUAGCUCAACAGAUCUAGAGGAGACAGAUCAGCUCGAUUACAAAUGUAGAGUGUCCUUAUUUUGAAAAAGAAGUUUGUUUAUUGAAAAGAUAAAACGUUUAUUGUAAAGAUAAAACUUUUUAUACUGCUAUAUUUAGAAAAGAUACAUUUCUUUGAAACAAUCUAUGAAAUGAAGUCUUUUUCUUGACGUGGUGUAUUUGUUCAGGUAAAAUAUCAAUAGUAAUUGUAAAAACUAAGUUUAAUGAUACCAGGGAUGGUUUUCUGUCUUAGGUCAGUUAGAGGUCAUGAUAAACAAGUGCUGUUUUUAAGAUUUAGUUAUUUUUACCCCACCACCCUCUUCUUUUAUCAGUUUUGCCUUUCCAGUUUGUUUUUUUUUUAUAUAUAUAUAUUUUAGUAAUUUAGAAAGCUGUUUGGAUACUAGUGCUAAUUUGUUAAUGUUAUAUUAAUGUAAACUUUCUAUACAUGUAUUUGUUGAAUUCCAUAUGUCUCUUUCACAGAUUUCCCCCCAUGUUUUAGUCAUAAGUAAAUUUUACUAAUCAGUAGAGUAAAAAUGAAAAGUGAAUAAAUUGUUUUGGUUCAAAAACAGUAUGCAGGUGAAACUUGAAGUGAAAAUUGAAUCAGGAUAAUUAAUUUGCAUUGGUGUACUUUGGGUUUAAAUAGUCAAGUGUCUGUGUUAUAGAUCAGUUCCUAUAUAUGUAGUAGUUCCAGGUCUUUACAAUAGUAAAGCAUCUAAGAUAUUAUCAGGGCAUUUGCCAUUUGAAUAUCUGUCGCUUUUUCACCAGUUGAUUAAAAUAUUUCUCAUGACACUGGAGUACCAUUGGUAUCUGACUUUAAGCUGUUGAGUAUAGGCGAUUCCCCAAUGUCUUUAGUAAUCCACUAUCAUUGCAUCCCAGGGGUCCAUAGGUUGCAUCUCAGAAUCCUUAAUUAGCACUUGGGGUAAUUAAGUGGGAGUUGAUAAUGAGUAUCAGGGUUUCCAUGACUUAGUACUGUCCAUUGUUUUCAUCAUACUCAUAUUUUUAUAACAAGUAUAAUGUAAUGUUUGUAACAGGAUCUAUCGGAUGAUUCAGGCAUAUUGACAAUUGGCGAUCUCUGCCCAGUCAUGGUAAACGUGACAGUUGCCAUGGCGAGUACACUGUGGAAGUGUACAGCUGAUGUACAGUAUAUUAUGUACAUUAUGCAGCGAACUCUGUCCCCUUGUGUACAGUCAUUAAGACUGAAUUUGUGUACAUAUUGCUGUAAUUAAUGUUGUUCACAAGGUGAAGAUGUGUCCCGAAGGUCCACAAAAGGUUGAUGACCCAAGGACUGGAUUUUAAGAAGAAAAGAUUAUUGGGUCAAGUGACCAAAUCAAUAUACAUGUAUGUGUUUAAGAUAUUUUGUUUAGAAAAUGUAGAAUUUUAUAUUUCACAAAACUGAUAAUGAAAUUGAGAAGAAUUGAAUUGCAGAUUGAAGUUUUUUUUUGUCCAAAUAUUAGAAUCAAGAAUAAGUUAUGAUCAAUUACAAGAAAUGACUCGAUACAAAUGAUGUACAUAACUUAUGACAUUUUAAAUAUCCUUUUAGAUACCUAAAGGUUUAUGUUUCCUAGUAACCAUGGUAACAAUGUUCUGUCCAUUCUACCACAUAUUUAUAUUGGGUCCCUCCCAUUUAACUUGUAGCACAAGUAGCAGAUCAAUCAAGUGUUGUGCAUCACCAUAGCCUUAGUGUUUGGAAAAUUUCUGAUUAAAAUGUUUCUAAUAAUGUAUGCACACAUUCAAACUUGGUAGCAGUUUCAGUUUAUUUUGUAGUUAUUUAGAUCAUCAGGUUUAUCUGAGAAAAAGUAAUCAUUUUGUGAAUGUGUUUUGACAGAUCAUGUAUUUAAAAUUAUUAAUAGCACUAAAAUUAAAUACUAGGUCAGUAAAAUGUGUUAAAAUGACUCAAGAUUCAAACAUUCAGAUGAUUAUGUUUGAUAGGUAUAUAUGGUGAUGAAAAUCACAUUUCAAAGGUUUAGACUUGACAGUUCCGUAAACGUAUGACAAAUCAUGUGUUUAAAUCAUACGUAUCAAUAAGUAUCAAUAAUCCUGCAAACUUGGAUAAUUUUUGUUGUCGCUUGAAAACUUAUAUUGGGUGAUAGUUAACAAAUCGAAUAAUAUCUCCAACCAAGGUUGUUAUGGGAGAAAAGUACUUUGAGUUAUAGGUGAUUGUCCAUUUGAACAAAAAAGCUUAUGUCAAAACACAAAUUUUGGAAACAUGCCUACUUGAUUUAAAGAAGUACAAUAAGAGAACCUGCAGCCUUUAAUUUUAGUGGUUUACAGAAUUGUAAAAGCAGAUGAAAUAUUUAUUUGUGUGUGUCUGUGCUAGUUACAGACCAAGUGUAUACUUUUUUAACAAUCAUAUUUUUCAUCCUAUAUUAUUUUAUUACAAUUAACAAAACCGUCCAGUUUUUUGUUGCUGAGCAACUUAUUUUACCAUUUAACAGAAACCGUCCAUAUUUUAAUCACAAGUGUGAUUUUAAAGACAUAUACAUUAAACUGUUGAUAGUUUUUUUACUUGGGUUAUUGUUGAAUGCCGACUGGACGCAACUUACUAUGAGAGUGCUGUUUCCUCGUCGGGUAUUUGUGUUACAAGUGCUGUCAUCUUCAUGCGUUAGUGAUCAGUCCGAUCUGUAGGUGUUAACAUACAAUAAACUUUAUUAUUUAAACUGU